CCAACUAUUUUUUUUCCAUGCAACCAACUGGUAUUUUUAACAUGGGGAUGUCCUACGAGAUGGCAAUUGUCAGAUUUUGGUUAGAAAUAUACCAGUCCCAUACUAGUUUAAAAUAUACAGAAAAAUACUAGCCCAAUUAUGGACCAAAAUCACUACUUUGAGAGUCAAGAAAUAAAAUGUAUUCAUGAAUAUAAAGUAAAAAAGUUUUGAUUUAGUACACUUUAAUAUAUUACACAUUGUUAUUAAGCUGCCUUAGAUUUUCCAAUAAUUGGUGUAAAUUUUUUUGACUAUUAAUUAAAAGCAAAACUAAACACAUAAAUAUUUCAAACUUUCGAACAUAAAUUUAAAUGCAUUUUUUAUUAAAUAUUAUUAAAAGUAAAUGGUUUCAGGAACAAUAAACGGACGUGUUUUAUAAUUCGCUCCCGCACUUUUUUUUUGCAUGGUUGUGCGGAUUAUAAUUUACAUAAAUAAAACAAAUAAAACUAAACUUGAUUACUUUAACCGCGUGCGAACAUUACGAUAUUUAUUCGCUAUUUCAAGUACGGUGUGCAACAAUAAUUUAUUAAAUUUUCUUGCGCUAAAUAAAUCAAAUCGCUAUCAAUUCGUUUGUUUGUUUUGCCGCUGGUUUGUUAUGUCUACCGCUGCUCCCCCUCCUCUGCAAAAACAGCUAAAUUUGAUGAAGGUGCAGUUAUCACACCCACAGCUGUAUACAAUAAGUUGAAAGAGGGUACGGCAGCAGACUGAGCAGUUGCGGCCGCUAAUCGAGAGUGUCUCACACAAAAUUAUGGAACUGGAGAACAAAUUGACAAAACGGUUUGAGGAGGAGAUUUCGUUACUCGCUGCUGCUGUAGCUGAAUCAUCUACGCACAUUUCGGCAUUGAAGGAGAGAUUGGAAAAGUCGGAGUCAGAAAUUGAGUGCUUGAAAGCGGAAUUAGCGAAGGGAGUACAGCAGAGAUCGACUGCUGACAUUGCUGCGGAUGCCGUCGCGUUUGGCGUUCCAUAUAAGGAAGGGGAAAAUCUGAAGAGCAUCUUCAACCAGGUCUGCCUGUCAGUCGACUUUUUGGCUCCUCAGAUAAGAGACAUCUUCCGCACAAGGCCUUCACGUGCUGGCCUCAAUGGUGCGAUUGUGAUCAAAUUUCAUUCCCCUCUUGAUCGCAAUCGCACUCUCCGUGCUUUUGGCGACUAUCGCAGGCGUAUGAAGUCUGCUGUUCCCCUGCAAACCCUUGGCAUCCAGGGGAAUUUUCACCUACUUGAAGGCCUAGGCAAAGAAAAUAGACUUUUGCAAGCGGCCAUAAAACUGCGGCGUGAGGGGAAGUUGCAGUCUGCAUUCACACUCCGCGGUUGUGUGCAUGU